AUGACUGAGAUUGUAAUGGACCAGACGCCGCCCAUUCUGCAGGGUCCUUCGGACAAAGAACGCAAAUAUGAUCGCCAGUUGCGCCUAUGGGCAGCGAGUGGUCAGGCCGCCCUUGAGUCGGCCAACAUCCUGCUUGUGAACUCUGGCGCCGGUACAGUGGGUGUCGAAACCCUCAAGAACCUUAUAUUGCCAGGUAUCGGGCGGUUCGUGAUCCACGACAAUGCGCUGGUGGACGAGGCCGAUCUGGGUGUCAACUUUUUCUUGGACGAUAGUUGUUAUGGAAAACCCCGAGCACAAUGUCUGGCAAGUCUGCUGGGGGAGUUGAACCCGGAAGUUGAUGGAGAUUGGUCGCCCAAGACCAAGAACGACACACUGGGGUCACUACUUAAAAAGUCCCCCUUAUUUACCGCCAUCAUGUACACAUAUCCUAUCAACCAUGUUGAGUUGGAGUCCCUCGAACAAUACAGCAAAGAACACAAGACACCACUAAUAGCCAUUCACUCGACUGGCUUUUAUUCGUAUUUUACUAUCAGACUUCCGGGAACAUUUCCAAUAGUCGACACCCACCCGGACGAGACGGCAACAACAGACCUCCGACUCCUCAGCCCCUGGCCUGAGUUGGUCGAGUUUGCCAAAACUAUGACCAAGGAUAUCGACAGCUUAGACAAUUUCGAACACGGCCACCUGCCAUACGUGGUAAUAUUGCUUCAUUACUUGGAUAAGUGGAAGGCGACACACAAUGGCACCUACCCCUCAACCUACAAGGAGAAGACGGAGUUCAGGCAGCUAGUUCGGGACGCUGCAAGGACAGACAAUCCCGAGGGUGGCGAAGAGAACUUCGACGAGGCUGCUGCUGCUGUGCUCAAAACGGUCGCCCCCUUUUCUCUACCAUCCGGACUAAAGGAGGUGUUUGAGUACGAGCACAAGGGCCCUAUUCAAGAAAGGUCAACAUUCUGGAUCAUCGCGGACGCGGUCAAGGCUUUCUAUACAAACCACGGCUCCCUGCCCCUUCCGGGCAAUGUUCCGGACAUGAAGGCCCAGUCCAAGGUCUACGUCCAACUCCAGAACAUCUACAAGGCCAAGGCUCGUAAGGACGCGGCCGAAGUCCUGCAGACGGCACAAGCGAUUGCGGGAACGGGACGAAAGGUGGAUCCUGCCGAAGUGGACCUCUUCUGCAAGAACGCAGCAUUCGUCAAGCUGAUCAAUGUAGAGGGUGGAGGAGACACUGCCCCUCUUGGUAGUAAAGAGCGGCUUCAACAGGUGCUUCGACAAGAAAUGGCCAAUGACCAAGUCGCGGAAAUGACAUUACAGCCCAUGUCGCUCUUCCCCACUUACCUGGCUUUGAGAGGUCUGGCGCAUUGUGGCAACGCAUCAUCCGACAAGACGCAGAUUGUCGAAGCCGUCAAGAGCUUGCUCUCCGACAACCUAUCAAGCGAGGAGUAUGGCGACCUCAACGAGAAGCUGGGGAAUGUUGCAGAGGAUCUUGCCCGAGCCGAAUACGGCGAGCUACACAACAUCUCCGCACUCACGGGUGGUAUGGUGGCUCAGGAGAUGAUCAAGAUCAUCACUAAGCAGUACAUCCCCAUCGACAACACGUGCGUGUUCGACGGGAUCAGGAGCCGAACUCAGGUCUUCCAUGUGUGA